AUGUGCCAUCAAAUCAACUAUACCCUCCCUUGCGAGCACGUUCGCACCCAUACUGUGUACUGUCCAGACGCUACAAAGAGCAAGUCUAGCAAUAGCAGCAGUAGCAGCAGCAGCAGCAGCAGCAACAACGUCAACAACAACAACAACAACAACAACAACAACAAACAUUCGUCGUCUAAAUCGUCAUCAAAAUCGUCAUCCAAGUCUUUGCACGGCAAGAGUGGCGGCAAGUCAUCUUCGUCAUCAUCCGGUUCCUCGUCCGGCAGCAAGAAACCGUGCAAAAACCUGACUCAGGAGUCAUUGCCGUACCCGACUCCGCCGUCAUUCGCGGGCAGCCCGAUGACGGCGGCGAGUUCUCCUCUACUUCCAAAGUGCCCACUCGAGAGCUGCCCCUUCGAGGCCAAGAAUCGGUGCUGGAACUGCUGCUGGUGCGGUAAGGAGUGGAAUGAAGCCGGACGGUGCAGCUGCAUCAUGAUCAUCGAGGGCAACCAGGUUCAGUGCGAGCACAUUUGUUGCCAUAACUGCGAGGCCGCUUGGCAGCAAUAG